AUGGAAACGACAACGAAUCUUUUGAUGACUUCAAGAGACUCAAGUUUGCCUCCACUCAAGGUGCACAGCCUAAUUGAGCCCGAUUAUAAUGAAAAUCCUGAGCCGUUCGACGACCCCUCGACUUACCAACCAGACGUACCCAUUGCAAUUGAUUUUGGUUCGAGUGAGGUAAGGGCUGGCUACGGAAACCGCUCUGACCCUUCACAUAUUUUUCCCAACCGAUUGACGAGAUAUAGAGAUCGUAAGAUUAACAGAACGUUUACUUUUGUUGGAAAUGAUACCAAUCUGGAGCAAAGUUUAAGAACACAAAGCAGGAGCCCUUACGAUGGGCCCAUAAUUUCCAACUGGGAUUAUGUCGAAGAUAUUUUAGAAUACACGUUUCAUCAUCUGAGUGUUCAAGGACAUAAUGGAAUUUCCAAUCCCAUCAUUUUGUCUGAAAAACUAGCCACUUUACAAUCACAACGUGAAAACUGGUAUCAAUUACUUUUCGAGUGUUACGGUAUACCACAAGUUACGUUUGGUAUUGAUGCAUUGUUUUCCUUUUACGCAAAUAAUGAACCUAGGUCAUCCGGUCUGGUCAUUAAUAGUGGCAACGAAGAUACCACCAUCAUCCCAGUCAUUGAUGGAAAAGGCAUCGUUUCUGAGGCAAAGAGAAUAAAUUGGGGAGGACGUCAAUCUACUGAUUAUUUAUCAAGUCUCUUAGCUUUGAAAUAUCCCUACUUCCCAUCCAAACCAACAACAAAUCAAUUUCAAAAUUUAUACCAAGACUUUUGUCAUUUUUCAUCGAACUAUGAUGAAGAAAUAGACCGUAUACUUUCGCUGGAAGCACUUGAAACAGAAAACGUUGUUAUUGAAGCCCCUUUUACCGAAGUUUUUCAACCGGAAAAAAGUGAAGAAGAGCUUCGAAUCCAAGCUGAGAAAAGGAAAGAAACUGGUAAGAGACUACAAGAGCAGGCCAGGCAAAGACGCUUAGAAAAGUUGAUACAGAAGGAGGAAGAAUACGGAUACUAUACCAAAUUAAAAGAACAAUUGAAAGACCAAAACAAGAAAACUAUCCUUUCGACGCUGCAAGGAGCGGGAUUCGAUGAUGAACAAGACUUUAAAAAAUAUUUGAAUAGUUUAGAAAAAUCAUUGAAACGUGCGCGUAUUUUAGACGUCGGAGACAUAGAGGAAAAUGAGCAAACAGAAACCAAAUUUGAUUUGGUGGAUGUUCCUGAUGAACAAUUGAACGAUGAACAAAUAAAGGAAAAGAGAAGACAAAGGCUAAUGAAAGCCAACUUUGAAGCCAGGCAAAGAGCCAAAGAAGAAAAGCUAAAGAAGCAGCAGGAAGAAGAAGCAGCGAAACUUCGUGAUGAAAAUUGGAGAAAGGAAGAUCUAGCUGGCUGGGUUAAAGAUAAGAGAAAUAAGUGGUCCAGCUUGAUCAAAGCUCGGAAGGAGAAGUUAAAAAUGAAAGAGGAUAUGAAAGAUCGUAAAUCUCAAAUCGCUCAGAAAAGAAUGAAGAAUAUUGCUACUUUGGCAGAAGAACGAUCUCGUUCUGGAACCAAGAGAUCAAGACAGCAAGCAACUGUUGAUAAUGACCCCAAUGAUACUUUCGGAGCUAACGACGAAGAUUGGCUUGUUUAUAAUGACAUAAGUCAAAACCCUGAGGCACUUGAUCAACUUUUAGAAGAAGAAUACAAAGAUAUAGUCGAGAUUGAGAAAGCCCUAUUAGAAUAUGAUCCCAACUUUACUGAUGAGGACACUCUUGAUGCUCAAUACGAUUGGAGAAAUUCCACACUGCAUUUAUUUUUAAGAGGGCCAAGGCCUCAUGAUAGUGAAGAUAUUCAUGAACAGCACCAAAUGCACUUGAAUGUUGAACGUAUUCGUGUGCCAGAGGUGAUUUUUCAACCGACAAUGGGUGGCUUGGACCAAGCAGGUAUAGUUGAAAUUUGUGAAACUAUUCUUCUGAAGAAAUUUGGCUCAAGUAGGCGUGAACUAAGCACAACUUGUCAAAAAUUUGCCAACAAUAUACUUUUAACUGGUGGAAACAUGAGAAUCCCCGGAAUAAGAGAGAGAAUAGUCCGGGAGUUCACGGAGAUUCUUCCUGUUGGAACUAGACUCAAUGUUAGAAUGGCAAAAGACUGCGCUGUGGAUGCUUGGAGGGGCAUGGCAAAACUCUCACAAAAUCAAAAUCAAUAUGAAGGCACUUACGUCACCAGAAAAGACUACGAAGAAUAUGGACCAGAUUACAUCAAAGAGCAUUCUUUAGGAAACUGCGCCUUCCUUUAG